AUGACGGACGGCUCGGGGAGUGCUGAGGACGCCAGUCCCGAAGUCCAGACGCCCGUAGCAGCUCUGCCCACAGCUCGAGACGCCCCCUCCCGCAGCCCAGCCCAGACUCCAGAGCAGCUGACCACGCGGGCCACAAAUAUUUUGGAAACUACGUUUCCCAGAGGGCCUUGCGACGCUGAUUUCUUUCUGCUUUAUUCCUACGGGGGGUGGGGGGAAGGUGAGGUACCGAGCUCGCUCUCUGUCCUUGGAGGGGGCCUCGGCAGGCUCUGCCCCGGGAGGGCGAGACCUCCGGGUGUGAAAGAAAAUAUCCCGCGCUGUGGAGGCGGGGGCAGCGAGCCGCCGCCGGGCCGCCCUCUUUACACAGAGGCCCCUGGGAAGUGCAGUAAAUUGAAGUCGAGCCCCUCCAAGUUCAACUUGCGGGAGCUCGAGCCUCCCCGGCCCUCGGGGGUCGCGGGUGCGGUGGAAAUUCUAGAGGGAAGCGGAGGGACCAGGCUGGAGCUCUCUCAGCUACUGCGAUUGGCUUCUAGGAUCCCUCGCCAUCAUCGUGGACUAAUGGCCGUUGCCAUCCAGUGGAGCUACGCAUAUAUCGUUUGCAGCUCACCCUGUGCGGAAAAGUGAAAUGACUUAUCCUGAUGCCUUUGAAUUAAGAAUUGUUGUGACAUCUAAGUGGCCUCUUUAAACAAGAUGCAGACAGACUGUGCUGUUGGAAGCUGCAUGAACCUAAGACAGUGUUGCUGGAAUCUGGUAGUUUUUGGUUCAAGUGCUCUAGGUCCACUCUGUGUGUAUGUGUGUUCAACAUAAGUAAGUAUAGUUCGUUUACAGUGUUGUCUUAUGUUCAGGUGUACCACACACUGAUUCAUAUGUGUGUGUGUAUAUAUAUUAUAUAUAUAGUCACAAAUAUGUGUAUAUAUGUAUGUAUAUGGGGAAAUCUGAGGUAGUUCAGUGGUAGUAAAAUGGUAAAAAAUCUGCCCAUGAUGCAGAAGACAUGGGUUCAAUCCCUGGGUUGGAAAGAUCCCCAGGAGAGAGAAAUGGCAACCCACUCCAAUAUUCUUGCCUGGGAAAUCCCAUGGACAGAGGAGCCUGAGAGGCUACAUAAAAUCCAUGGGGCCUCACAUAGUCAGACACAGCUUAGUGACUAAAUAACAACAACAACAUGUAUAUAUAUGUGUAUACACACACACACAUUCUUUUUCAGAUUCUU